CCUUUCAGUAGUCACUAAUAAAUCUAGAAAGCUUAAGAAUGAUCAUAUAUUUUACUUACGGGUUGCUGUUUGCAUACCUUGCUUUACCUCGAAUCUUACUUGGAGAUUUGGUUUUCCGAUGUCCAAGUUGCACUGCAGAGCAUCUAGUUGCGUGUCCCAAAGUCACAGCAGAAUGUCCAGAAAUAGUGAGGGAGCCGGGUUGCGGCUGCUGUCCAGUGUGUGCCAGGCAAGAGGGGGAGCUUUGUGGGGUCUACACGCCAAGGUGCUCCAGCGGCCUACGGUGCUACCCAAGCACGGAGGCUGAAUUACCUUUGCAACAGCUCAUCCAGGGUUUAGGACGAUGUGGACAAAAAGUGGAGAUGGAUGUCACAACAACUCUGGACCAAGAGGCUACAAAUGAGGUGCAUGGAACUGAGAAUCCACUCACCAAACGACCUGCUCCUUGGUCUUGGCAUGAGUACGCCAUAAUACAAUGCCAGAAUGAGCGCAAAACCAAGAUGAAGUUGAAUCAACUAGAGGACCCUCGAACCCAGGAAGUACUUCAGAGCGCCUGUCAGCAGGAGCUGGACAAGGUCUUAGAGGAGAUCUCCAAAAUGACCUCUGAGGAUAACAGAGGCCCGCUGGAGAACCUGUACGGGCUCAAAUUUCCAAACUGUGACAGACAUGGACUGUACAACCUCAAACAGUGCAACAUGUCCACCCACGGCCAGCGGGGCGAGUGCUGGUGCGUUGACCCCUUAACUGGGUUCCAGAUUCCAGCGACGCCUAAAGUCAGAGGGGAUCCCAACUGUAACCAGUUCCAGGAGGAGCAGAGACUGAUGCCCACUGCAGCAGCGUCUUACUAGCACGGACUAGGACAUGGUUUGGUUUGCCCAAGAUUCCAAAUCUGAAAUGAUUUUUCCAUUAAUAUGAUUCUCAAACAACAUCUAAAGAAGUCUCUAUACUUGAAGGCUUUGUCUUAUUUUAAAUUUACGCUAGGUUAAAGGUUAAAAUGUAAACUAACUAAAGGAUAAAUUUGGUAUUUUAUUUUUCCUGUUGUCAACAAAUCCCAUGAAAAGCCCAAAACCAAUGCUUCUCAGUGCUUUCUGACUUCCCUGUCUAUUGGAUUCAGACCUGAGCUCAAGUAAUUUCCAAUAAAUAUGUAAAUCUUUAAAAAGGAGGCACAAAUAUGUAGUUUUAUUAUUUUUCUUAAAAUUAAUGUCCUGAUACAGCAGUGGGCACUGUAGUUUUUAGCAAAUUAGGACUCAAAAUAAAGUAAAUAGAUCAUUUGUUGGGGACUAGUUUAAGCUGUGGAAUAAUACAUAUUUGGCAUGCUAGUAAAUAUUUAUGGAUUUGUGGCAGUAGGAGAGUUUAUGUGGGACUCGAACUACAGUUCUGAUUCUUAUUGUAAUGAAGAAACACGCCACCAUGUGCAGUAAUAGAGGAAUAAGUUAUAUCAGGCUUUGGCUACACUGACAAUACUUGAGCUUUUUACUGUUGCUUUCGGUCAUUUUAUUGAAUUUGUUGACAAUUCAAAUAUAUAUAAAAUAUUGGCAAAGCUGCAGUAAUUGAUUUGUUUGUUUAAUUGAUACUCAUGUUAAAUGUGGUGCUAUGCUAAUGACGGGGCAGGGAUGCCACUGAACCUAUACUUUAUGCAGACAAGCCUUAAGUUUUCAUGAGUUGAGGUAAAAGACUUACAGGUGCUCCAUGAAAUUCUUUGACAUAUCAAAGAUAUGUACGACUGUCUAUAACCCUUUUGUGUAACCUUGUUUUCAUGAGUAAAUACUUUGCAAGCAGGUAAUUAAAAGUUUUGUCACUGUCAUACUUUUCAUUGAUUAUAUCCUGUAAAAUUUCCCUGUUGAUGCACCAACUUUGAUUCCUACA